CACCACAAGCUGGCAGUUAUCCGGGAGGCUCCCCAGGCGCCGGCGGAGUGCGGAGCCCUUCCGGACGGGCGGGCGGGCGGAGGAUGGGCGCACGGCGUCAGCUGCCGGGGGCCCCCGUCCCCGAGCGCCUCCUGCUCCCCCGGAGGCCAGGGUGCCCCCGCGCGCGGCGGGGCUGCCUGCUCGGGCUCCUCGUGCACGCGUGGCUGUGGGCGGCCUCGGGCUCGUCCGCGCAGGUGUUGAACCUCAGCCUCUCGGUGGACGAGGGGCUCCCCCCGGACACGCUGGUGGGGGACAUUCGCGCGGCGCUGCCCGCGCCGCAGCAGGAGGUGGGCGGCUUCCUUCUGUCCGAGGACUCGGACGACUCCCCGCUGCUGGACGACUUCCACGUGCACCCGGACACGGGCGUCAUCCGCACGGCGCGGCGCCUGGACCGCGAGCGGCGGGACCGCUACAGCUUCGUGGCCGCCACGCUGCUGGGCGCCGUGGUGCAGGUGCAGAUCCGCGUGAACGACGUGAACGACCACGCGCCCCGCUUUCCCCAGGACGCGCUGCAACUCGACGUCUCCGAGCUCAGCCCGCCGGGCACCGCCUUCCGCCUGCCGGGGGCGCAGGACCCGGACGCCGGGCCGUUCGGCACGCAGGGCUACACCUUGCUGCCCGCUCCCGAGCUGCCCGAGGACCCCGCGGGGCCCUUCUUCCAGCUGCGCUACGGGACGCCGGGGCCGCCGCCGUCGCUCCUGGAGCCCCUGGACCUGGUGCUGCUGCGGCGCCUGGACCGGGAGGCGGCGGCGGCCCACUUCGAGGUGGAGGAGCUGAGCGGCGUGGUGCGCGUGCGGAGACCCCUGGACCGCGAGGCGCAGGCCUGGCACCAGCUGGUGGUCGAGGCCCGCGACGGGGGCGCCGAGCCCGAGGUCGCCACGGUGCGCGUGUCUGUCGCCGUGCUGGACGUGAAUGACAACCGGCCCGCCAUCCACCUGCUGUUCCUCACGGAGGGGGGCGCGGCCCGAGUCUCCGAGGGCGCCCGACCUGGUGACUAUGUGGCUCGUGUCUCCGUGUCGGACGCAGACUGUGACUCGGAGGAGGAAGAGGAGGCCGCCGGGGCGCUUGGUGUGGGCCUUGGUGGCGGCGUCUCGCUAGCCUUGGAGGGCGGGGAGGGAGCCUUCGCGCUGAGGCCCGGCGGCCCCCCAGGGGUGUUUUUCCUUUGCAUCGAGGGGCCCCUGGACCGAGAAAGCCGAGAUCUGUUUGAGCUGCGACUAGAGGCCGUGGAUGCGGGGUUCCCGCCCCUGAGCACCCAGGAGACGCUUCUGCUUCAGGUGUCCGACCUCAACGACCAGCCGCCCGUCUUCAGCCAGGAGCGCUACCAGGCUUCGGUGUCUGAGGCUGCGGCCCCGGGCACCACAGUCCUGUGGGUCAGCGCCUCCGACGCCGACGAGGCUGGCACUGAUCACGCCCGGGUGCACUACACGCUCGUCCAGCUCUCCGCUCUCUGCACCCCCGAGGCUUUGCAGCCCAGCGCAGAGUGUGGGCCGUCUUUCGCCAUCAACCCCGAAAGCGGGGUGAUCAGCACCAUUCGGACUCUGGAUAGAGAGGUCCAGAAGGCCAUGGAGCUCAAAGUAGUGGCCCAGGACCUCGGAGAGCCCCCGCUCUCUGCCACCUGCCUGGUGAGCGUCACGGUGGAUGACGUGAAUGACAACGAGCCCAUCUUCCGGAGGCAGGUGUACAAUGUCACCUUGGCAGAGCACACCCCGGUGGGACGCUGCUUUCUCCAGGUGAAAGCCUCCGAUGCAGAUGCGGGGCUGUACGGCUUGGUUGAGUAUUCACUUUACGAUGGAUUCCAAAGCGAUGAGGCACCUGCAGCAUUCCAGAUCAACCCGCACGACGGGCAGAUAUGUGUGUCUCAGGACCUUGACAGGGAAAGGGACCCAGCUACCUUUGAUCUCCUGGUGAAGGCCAAGGAUGGGGGGGGGCUCAGCGCCCAGGCUUUCGUCCGCGUGGACCUGGAGGAUGUGAAUGAUAAUCACCCAGUGUUUAACCCGUCAACCUACGUGACCAGCAUCAGUGGCCAGACCCAGCCAGGCACGGAGAUCAUCAGUGUGCUGGCCACGGACAGGGACUCCGGGGUGCAUGGCACAGUGGCAUAUGAGCUCAUCCCAGGACAGCUGUCGUCCAUGUUUGCCAUUGACUCCACCACAGGAAUUAUUUACUUAACAUCAGCUCUUGGUCAUUUGGAGCCUACUACAGUGUUUUUGACCGUCUGUGCUCGAGACGGUGGCGGGCUCACAGCUGCCACCAACGCUGAGGUCACUGUACACAUCCUGCACACCACGCUGGCUCCAGCUGAAUUUGAAAGGCCGAAGUAUUCCUUCUCGGUUUCUGAAGAUGCGCCGGAGGGCACUCCCGUUGGAACAGUGAAAGCGAGAGAGUCCUUGAAUUCCUCCGAACCCAUCUCUUACAGAAUCUCCUCUGGCGACCCGGACGCGACGUUCUCCAUCCACCCGUGGCUGGGCACUAUUCGCACUCGGAAGCCCCUGGAUCACGAGGCGCAGCCCGUGGUGGUCCUCACCAUCCAGGCCCAGCUGGGCGGCUCCGCGGCCUGCAGCAGCACAGAAGUCAACAUCACCGUCCUCGACGUCAACGACAACCCGCCCGAGUUUCUCGGGGCUGCCGAGGAGAUCCGCGUGUCCGCGGCCACGCCUCCCGGCGCCGCGCUGUACCUGGCGCGCGCGGCGGACAGGGACAGCGGGCGCAACGGGCAGCUGCGCUUCUCCCUGGCGGGCCCGCACCCGCGCGCCUUCGCGGUGCACCCCGGGCUCGGCGUGCUCUACCUCCGUGCGCGCCUGGGGGGCGACGAGCCGCGGAGGCGCACGCUGACCCUGGUGGCCGAGGACCACGGCGAGCCCCCCCGGGCCUCCCAGCUGGUGCUGACGGUUGUCAUCGAGCGGGACGAACCAGGGCCCGGCGUGGCUUUUGCAAAUCUGGUCUAUCAGGUGGAGGUGAGCGAGUCUGCCCCGCCCAGGACCCAGAUCUUGCAGGUACAGGCGAGCGCGCUCGGCCCGGGGCGCGCAGCCCUGCGGGUGCAGUACGCGCUGGAGCCGGGCGCGGACUCGGCCGUGUUUGGGGUCCAGCCGCACACGGGUUGGAUUUAUCUGCGGCGACGGCUGGACUAUGAAUCCGCGCAGACACACCGCUUCAGAGCGUCUGCCUGGGCCCCGCAGGGUGGAGUGCCGCAGAACGCGAGCGCCUCGGUGACGGUUCACGUCCUGGACGAGAAUGACAACGCCCCGACCUUCCCGCACGGCCAGUUGUUUCUGAAAGUCGAGGAGAGCCCCGUCCCCCUAGGGGUGAUAGGCAGAAUCGCGGCCACUGACGCGGACUCCGGCAAGAACGGGCAGCUGUCCUAUUUCCUUCUGUCCGCUGGGAAGUUCUUCAAGAUGAACCCCAACACAGGUGAACUGAUCAGUUGGCUGGCACUGGAUCGUGAGCGCCAGAUGCACCAUCAGAUGACUGUCCUGGUGACGGACCACGGCUCACCACCACGAAAUGCCACCAUGGUAGUUUACGUCACAGUGACCGACAUCAAUGAUAACAGCCCAUUUUUCCCACAGUGUCUCCCUGGGAAGGAAUUUUACAUCAAGGUUCUGGAAGACCAACCAGUAAACAUGUUGGUUACAACUGUGUUUGCAAAGGAUCUUGAUGAAGGAAACAACGCAGAAGUUACCUACUCAGUAUCUUCAGACGAUUAUUCCGAUCAUUUUAAGAUUGAUGCCAACAGUGGUGAAAUAAGAACAACCACGAUACUUUCCUAUGACUACAGACCUUCCUACAGGCUGACGGUCAUCGCCAGUGACCAGGGCGAGCCUCCACUGCAAGGCCAGGCGGUUAUUAACAUUCAGGUGAUACCAAUGUCCAAAGGACGCGUUAUUAUUUCUCAGAAUAUCAGACAUUUAGUUAUACCAGAGAACACGAAGCCUGCAAAGAUAAUGAGCUUGAUAAAGUCACCCGAUCACCUCCAGCAAUACCAUAGUGCAAAGUUGCACUUCAGUAUUGUUACAGACGACAAGAGUGGUCACUUUGAAGUCGACAGUUCCACAGGAGACUUGUUUCUUGCUAGGGAACUUGAUUAUGAAACAACCUCGCAUUAUCUUUUCAGGGUGAUUACCAAAGACCAUAGCAAAAGUCCGUCCCUGAAUAGCACAGUCUUCCUUAGUAUUGAUGUGGAAGAUCAAAAUGAUCAUUCUCCAACUUUCCAGGAUGAGUUCAUUGUGAUCAGCGUAGAAGAGAACGUUCCCAUAGGGACCCUGGUGUACACGUUCCAUGCCAAAGAUGGUGACGGUAGCUUUCUGAACAGUAGGAUACAGUACUUCAUCGAGUCCCCGCAGCCUGGAAUGAACCCAUUUCUCAUCCACCCCUCAUUUGGCACCUUAGUCACUGCGGCUUCCUUGGACAGGGAGAGUGUCCCAGCCGUCAUCUUGACAGUCACUGCGUCUGACCAGGCUGUGAACGUGACAGACCGGCGCUCAAGGUCGCUCAUAGCCAAAGUGGUGAUUUUGGAUGUAAACGACCACAGCCCCACUUUCAUAUCCUUGCCCACUGCCUAUGUCAGAGAAGACGCCACCGUGGGCUCCUCGGUGCAUCACAUAAGAGCUCGAGAUCCAGAUGAAGGAAGGAAUGGAAAAAUAACCUACAGCAUCCGCUCCGGAAAUGAAAACGUGACCUUCACACUUGACGAGUCCUCAGGCUUACUCACUACAGCUCAGCCUUUGGAUUACGAAGUAAAAACCCAGCACAUUCUGACCCUCGUGGCCCUGGAUGGUGAUGUCCCGGCACGUUCCUCCUCCCAGACAAUGACAAUUACUGUCCUUGAUGUCAGCGAUGAGGCACCAGUGUUUAAGCAGCAGCUGUAUGAAGCCUCAGUGAAAGAAAACCGAAGUCCAGGGGAGUUUGUCACAAGGGUUGAGGCUAUGGACAGAGAUUCAGGAAUCAAUUCCAAGCUUCAGUUUGAAAUCCUCUCUGCGGCUUCCUUUGGGAUUUUCAAGAUCAAUCCUGACACUGGAGAGGUAGUGACAGCUGCCACACUUGACAGAGAGCUUCAGGAUGUCUUUACCCUUCGAGUCCUGGUACGAGACGGGGGAGUCCCUUCAUUGUCCUGUACCACAACAGUUGUCUGCACUGUUGAAGAUGAAAAUGAUCAUGCACCAGAGUUUCUUGUCUCCAGUCACAACAUUGAGGUUCUGGAAAACCAAGAACCUGAGGUCGUCUAUACUGUUUUGGCCUUUGAUAUGGAUGCUGGCAGUAACGGAGCUCUCAAGUAUCACAUAAUCGAUGGAAACACGGAUGAGUCCUUUGUUAUUCAUGAAACAUCAGGAGAACUGGCAACUGCUCGUGCUUUGGACCGGGAGCAAGUCAGCAGUUUUACACUCACUAUCCAGUGCUCUGACCAGGGGGACCCCCCUCGGAGCGCCACCAUGCAAUUGCAGGUGAAGGUUUUGGAUGACAAUGACCACAGCCCUGCCUUUUCCAUGCCUCAUUACUGGUCCUCUGUGGGGGAAGAUGCACCAGUGGGGACCGUGGUUCUAGUGCUAUCUGCCAUGGACAAGGAUGAAGGCCCAAAUGGACAAACGGAGUAUCUCCUGGUGGAUGAGUCUGCUGGUGCGUUCACCGUUGACCCCCUGACAGGCGCACUGAGAACUAGCCGCACCCUCGACCGGGAAGCCCAGUCCCAGUACACAUUUCAGGCUGUGGCCAGAGACUGUAGCAUCAAGGGCCCAAGAAGCACCACCGUAAUUGUUCAUGUGUCUGUCACUGAUGUUAAUGACAAUGAUCCGGUUUGGGAGAAGAAUCCUGUUGAUGUUUUUCUUUCUUCGCAGCUGCCUAUGAAUCAGACCAUUGCUAUUCUAAGGGCCAGUGACCCAGACAUGGGGCCCAAUGGAGCUCUUACUUUUAGUUUUGCAGACGCCCAGUCAUUGUUUUUGAUGGACGAGACCACAGGAGAAAUUAAACUUCUGGGAAGUCCACCUUCAGAGUAUUGUCCUGCGUGGUUUCAGUUAAACGUUGCAGACGGAGGAGUCCCAGCCAGGGCGACCCCUGGUCUCCUGGUCAUUCACAUGGAAGGAGUAGGUGUAAAGAUCUCCUUCAGCCAGCACCUGUAUGAGGGAUUUGUGGCUGAAAACUGUGAGACAGGUACUUCUGUUGUGACGGUAAAAGCUUUUGCUCCUGAUGCAACUGGGGGCAUUAUUAAAUAUUCAGUGUUCAGUGGAAACAGAGAUGGAGUAUUUUCCUUGGACUCCAGUUCAGGACAACUGACUGUGAAAGAACCUGAAUUCCUUGAUUUUGAAGUCAGGAAUGAAGUACAACUCAUCAUUUUAGCUGAAAGUGGUGAGCAUAGAGCCUACGGCAAAGUAGCAGUAUCGAUACAGGAUGUGAAUGACAAUGUUCCACGCUUUGAUCAAAGUGUUUACCAAGCAUCAGUGUCUGAAGGCCAGGGCUCCAAUGCCCCCGUCAUACAGGUGAGGGCCACCGACCUGGACAGCGGGCUGAACGGCCUGGUCGAGUAUUCCCUUGUCUCGGGCAACCACGGAGACGCCUUCCAGAUCCACGCGCGGAGUGGGGCGAUCACCUGCACGGAGCCUCUGGACCGCGAGCGCGCCGGCUCCUACAGCCUGAUCGUGCAAGCCGCAGAUAAAGGGAUACCCAGGCUUUCUGCUACAGCUACGAUCCACAUACAGGUGGCCGACAUAAAUGACAAUGCUCCAGUUUUUCUCCCCUCUGAAGCAGCAGAAAUUGCAGAAAAUUCUUUGCCUGGUGCGAUCGUGUCUCGGGUAUCAGUUCAUGAUGUGGACUUGAAUCCAGCUUUUAUCUUCAGUUUUGCAAAAGAGGGCAAUCCUGGAACCAAGUUUGCGAUUGAUCGGAAUACUGGAAUAGUGAUCUUGGCAAAAACAUUAGAUUUUGAAGAAGCGACCAAACAUGAGCUGCUCAUACGGAUUUCUGAUUCAGUGCACCACACAGAAGGAUCCCUCAUCAUCCAAGUGUUGGAUGUCAAUGAUAAUCCGCCAGUGUUUUCUCAAGAUUUCUAUCAGGUCCCCAUUCCUGAAUCAGUACCCCUGGGGUACUCAGUGUUAACUGUGUCAGCCACGGACUUAGAAAGCAAUGAGAACAUUUCUUACAGAAUACUUUCCUCCUCAAAGGAAUUCUCCAUUGAUCCCAUGAACGGCACCAUAUUUACUACCAGUUCUGUACUACUUCUGGAUAAAAUACCAACCGUUCGAUUUCUUGUUGAAGCCAGUGAUGGUGGAAUUCCUGAGCUGAGGGCUGUUACAUUAGUGGAGAUACAAGUCCAAGAUGUGAACGAUUAUGCCCCUGAGUUUACAGUAGGGUACUAUAAUCUUACCUUGAGUGAAGACGCUCUGGUGGGAAGCACUCUCCUCACACUUUCAACCUCUGACCGUGACUGGACCCCUGAAAACACACACGUUGAAUAUUCCAUCAUCAGUGGUAAUUCUCAGAACAACUUCCAUGUGGAAACCAGUUCCAUUCACCCAGACUCUCCUUACGGGCAAGUUGGUUAUCUUGUGUUACUUCGCAGUCUGGACAGAGAAGCAAGUGCCAGCCAUAAGCUUGUCGUCGUGGCAUCUGACCAUGGCUGCCCGCCUCUGAGCUCCACAGCCGUCAUAGCUAUACAAGUGCUUGAUGUCGAUGACAACCCGCCCAGAUUCCACAGCCUGGAGUACCAUGCCCACGUCAAGGAAGGUACCCCUCCAGGCAGCCACAUCACUGUGGUCUCAGCGAGCGACUGUGACGUGGGCCCACACGCGGAAAUCUCCUACCGAGUUACCUCUGGAGACGAGAGGGAACAUUUUUACUUAGAUGAAAAAACCGGAGACCUUUAUUUGGUGAAACCCCUGGAUUACGAAGAAAUGACAAAAUUCACUUUAACCAUCCAAGCUUCGGACAAAGAUAAGAAACAUUUUUCUUUUGCGGUUGUGUUCGUCAGCGUCUUAGAUGACAAUGACCACAAGCCCCAGUUUCUGUCCUCGAGCUUGACUUGUGCGGUGCCUGAAAAUCGACCCGCGUUCUCCAGCAUCUGUUCUGUACACGCUGUGGAUUUUGAUGCAGGUCCUUAUGGAGAACUGACCUACGCUAUUUUAUCCGCGUGCUUUGUCCCUGAGGGGGAGGCUCCCCAUCAGGAUCUCUUCAACAUUGACCCUUUAACAGGGGACAUUCGUGCUAAGCAAAUCCUUGACUACGAAAGUGUCCACAAGUUCUGCCUCCGCGUGCAGGCCAGAGACAAGGGUGGCUCAACAGCCUCCUUAACGGUUUGGGUGGACGUUGAAGGGAUAGAUGAAUUCAAGCCCAUUUUCACUCAAGAUAAAUAUUUUUUCAACGUCCCAGAAAAGACUCAAGAACGACAGCUGGUUGGCCGAGUGGAGGCCUCGGAUGCAGACGCUGGUGUUGACGGGGUCAUCUUUUACUCCCUGGCAUCUGCUUCUCCUUUCUUUUCAGUGAACAGAACCAAUGGAAAUAUUUACUGGAUCAGAGCCUCUCCCUUGAUAAAAGGUCAGGUGGGCGAAGACAGCACCUUUGAAAUGAAAAUCAUUGCUCGCAGCCCCAAGCCGGGCUCCAGAUCCGCUUCGUGUGCGGUGUUUGUGAACGUGUCCCUGUCCUCGGAAGGAAAACGAGCAGUGCAGUCCACCAGCUUCUCCAUCAGCCUCACCGCCUGCUUCGCGGUGUUUCUGCUGUUCAUCUGCAUCCUGACUGUACUGAUUGUAAAGCGUAAACCGAAAGCCACGCCACACAGUUAUGAAAAGAAGCGAGCAUCCUCCUCCCUAGAUAUCCAUCUGAAACUGACCGGGGACUGCAGCAUGCACAAGGCCCUGCAAGGAAAGGACCCCAGCGACAUUGCUGCAGCGCAGACCGAGCCGGGGUGGUUGAGCUUAGUAAGCACCAUGGAGAAGGAUCGGGUCGGCCAGCACCUGCGCUCCAACUCCGGUGGCCGCUGCUCUGUGGACGGGGAGACUGCAGAAGACAGGGAGAUCCAGAGGAUAAACGAGCACCCUUAUAGAAAGGACUUGGACUCGGCUCUGAGCGACCGGGGCUCCCGGGUGCCAGACUCCGGUGUCCCGAGGGACUCGGAUCAGCUGUCCUGCCUGUCUGCAGAAAGCGACGUGAUGGCCGGCGCAGAAGCAGCAGAAGGUAGCCACGUGGCAGAAGGAGGAGAUGGGGAGGAAGGUCGUCACGCAAUCUGUGUUCAGAAGGAUACACCGCCCCAGGCCCUGCAGAGGAAAGAGAUGAAAGAGGGAACCCUGGCUGACACCGAGAAACAGCAGCUCUUCCUUUCAGGAGGCCAGGAAGCAAGCUCUGCCGCCUUCCCAACCCAGUUAACCUCCGGUCGCGAUGCGAGAGGCAGCUCUGCCUGGGGUUGCCUCCUGAGCUGGGAACCCAGGUUCCAGCCUCUUGCCUCGGUAUUUAAUGAUAUUGCCAAACUAAAGGAUGAGUUUGACGCUGCAAAACCUCAGCCUGGCAUUCCCAAAGAGAGGAAGUCUUCGGUUUUUCCACCACCUUUGAUCACAGCAAUAGCCCAGCCUGGGAUUAAAGCAGUUCCCCCACGAAUGCCGGCCCCAGCCCCGCGGCAGGUACUUCAGAAAUACCCGCGAGGCCCUCUUCUCCACCACCGAGGUGCCCUGGCGGAAGCCAGCGCGCCCGGCUUUCCCCCAGCCCUCUCCCUGCCGACGCUGCGGACUCCAGCCAGGGCUCCACUGGUGUCACACGGAGCACUGUCAGGGCCGCGCCUACGGGACACACACUGUGACCUGAAAGGGGAAGCCGAGGUUGAAAUAUGAAGUGAUCGUGGUGCCAGCUACCUUGUCGCCCUCUGUCACCACAGGCUGAACAAAACAUCCUCAAACAAGCUCCUCCACCCCGGGUUCACUCUUACUGAAAAGCCAGGGUUUUGCAAACCUCCCAUUGGAGUUCCUCAAAUGUCUUCCAGCCUUAACGAGCAGUUAUGUCUUGUUUUAACCUUUGUGUUUUGCCCUCAAGACUCACACUGUACAUAUCAAUUAAUGUAUAUUCUGUCUGGUUUUCUGUGUGAUUAGAUUUCCAAAGGACCCCAUGAACUUAAUUGAUGCCAAAAUGUUUAUAUGGAAGAAAUGGAAAUAAAGCAGAGUGCACUCUGGUCAUUUUACUGCCAGUUACACCACUGUAUCUAAACAAACAAACAAAAAUGGUGGCCAAAUGGAGAAUGAGUUUAGGACAGAAAGUAACAGGAAGGAAAGGACAGAUACAUCUUUGUUUUAAGACAAAGCAACAGGGGCUGGGGAUUUAGCUCAGC